AUGGCAACCUGGACACCUCUGCUCACCCCUCCGCCCGAUGUCUCCCCAGAGGUCAAACCUCCCUUGACUACAGAUCAGGAAGCAAAGUUGAAAAGUUUGAUCGACCAUUUCGGAGCUCCAGGUUUCACUCUUCCUAUCAAGCAGCAUGCAGAGGAAAAAACAGGCCUAGGUGAUCGUGAAAUGAUGUUCUUGUCAAAAGAAACCUUGAUAAGACCAUCUGAACCAGCAACGAAGAACGAUCUUCCAGCUACCAUCGCUCGACUAGAGGAUUGUCUACUUUGGAGACGUAUCGAGGAUAUCGAUAACCUCCAGCGUAUGUCGGAAGAAUGCUCGGAGGAGUCGAAGACGGGUAAAAACCUCGCAUUGGGUUUUUCGAACAAGGGUCAACCCAUAAUCACAUUCUUUGUCAACCGUUCUUUUGUCUCCCUUGAUAAUCCAAAGGCAGUUGAGGGUUUCACCGGACGUGCACACCCUAUGGUUUACAUGCUGGAACGAGCGAAAGAUCUCAUGUGUGCGGGUGUAACGCACACAUUUGUUGUCUUCAACUGGUCAGGCAAAAAAUCGGGUCCCUCUUUACCAUUAUCAGUCAUCAAAUCCACAAAUCACAUUCUUUCCAACUACUAUCCUGAAACUCUUGGGUUGAGCGUUUUUCAGAACAUGCCUUGGGUAUUCAAGACUCUGAUAAACCUCGUAUGGCCCUUUGUCGAUCCGAUAACCAAGAAAAAAGUCAAAUUUGGUACCAUUGAGGGUCAAGAGAUUGUCAAAGAAGGUGAUGUCGACCCCAGCCAGCUACUCAAGGAUGCCGGUGGUAGCGUCGAUAUCCCAUACGAUCAUGCAACCUACUGGCCUGCUCUUUUGCAGACUUGUUUGAAACUUCGAGCGGAAGAAGAGGAGAGGUGGACAGCGUUGGGUGAACGUCAGGUCGGCCGAGAGGAAAAUCUCUUCAAACGACCCAUACUCUCUUCUUAG